AAACAAAGGACUCUCAAUAUUGCCAGAUCGACGCACAAAGGCGGAACUGGUGCUUUGCGAUAAGGGAAUAUCAGCCCGGGCCGUUCAAAACUGAUGUUAAUGCUCGUUGAGUACACAUGUCCACUCGCUACCCAUGCCCCAUGCCACGAUCAGUUCCGGCUCUUAUAGCUUCAUACGGUAUCACAUCAUACAUAUAUUUUGUCUGACUAACCGCCGCAUCCUCGACUCUCACCUUGCGCAAGGCCUUGCAUUCAUAUCCCGCAGAUGUCAUUUUCACUUCCCCUGGAGGUAAUAGCUGUCAGCAACUUACGAAGACGUCGGAAAGACUUGAUUGCUCCUCUAGGAGAGGGCGCAAACAAUUUCGGAUGGGGGCAUCGAUGCGAUCAAGAG